AUGCAAGCAGACAGCAGAUUGUUGACCCAAGGCAUUCAAUCUCGGUACACGGGAAUCUUAGAUGCCUUCACAAAAAUCAUCCGUGCAGAAGGUUUGUUGGGACUUUGGAAGGGGGUUGGUCCUAAUGCACAGCGAGCAUUUCUUGUCAACAUGGGCGAGUUGACCUGCUAUGACCAGGCAAAGCAUUUCAUCAUCCGCAAGCAGAUCUGCGACGAUAAUCUGUAUGCUCACACACUGGCCUCUGUUGCCUCUGGUCUGUCUGCGACUACAUUGAGCUGCCCAGCGGAUGUGAUCAAAACCAGGAUGAUGAACCAGGGCCUGGAGGCGAAAGCUCUAUACAGGAAUUCUUAUGAUUGUUUGGUCAAGACCGUCAAACAUGAGGGCCUGACAGCAUUGUGGAAGGGUUUCUUACCUACAUGGGCCAGGCUUGGCCCAUGGCAGUUUGUGUUCUGGGUUUCCUACGAAAAACUCCGACAGGCAUCAGGGGAAGACGACAUGGAAAAGUAG